AUGAAGUCAAAGCAGCUCCCAACCUCCACCUAUGUUCUCUUCAAGGAAGGAACUGCAGAAAGGCCCGUGGUGACCUUCACUCCAGAUUUUAAAAAGAUCCUCAUUGGGGAGAGAAUCACAAUGGCCUGUAAUGCCGAAUCUGCUUCACCGACCUGUUCCUGGUACCAUAAUAAUAUUCCAGUACACACAGGAGAGACCUACGUGAUACCAUCAGCCGAGAUGAGACAUGGCGGAGAUUAUCACUGCCAGACCGGAGAUGGAGAUACAAGUGAGAUUGUCACACUGAAUGUUACUGAUGGUCUGGUCAUCCUUCAGGCUCCUCUCUAUGUAUAUGAAGGUCCGGUCAUCCUGCAGGCUCCUGUCCUUGUAUAUAAGGGUCAUGACCUGGCACUAAGAUGUCACAGCCGCCCUGGGGAUAGAGUAAUCAGGACGACGUUCUACAAAGAUGGCGAUGUCAUACAGCCAUUACCCAGAGAUCCCGGUAUGGUUAUUAUUCCCACAGAUAAAAAGCAGGAGGGAAGAUACAGAUGUGAGAGAACAUUAUCCCAGGAGGAGUAUGUGACUUAUACAGAUGAAGAGUCCCUACACAUCAGAGAAUUGUUCCUGAAGCCGAACCUCUCUACAGAACUUCACCCCGCGGUAGAAGGAGAUCACAUGACCCUGACCUGCAACACAAGUCUGAGACCGCACAGACCGAGGACGCAACUGGAGUCUGCCUUCUACAGAGAUGGAAAAGAGGUGAAGACAUUUAGUUCUCUUAAUCAGUAUGACGUCCAUUCCGCUCAGCUGGAGGAUUCUGGGAAAUAUUCCUGUGACGUGAGAACCCCGACCGGCUCUGUGAGGAAGAGGAGCGCAGAAUUAUAUAUCCAGAUAGAAGAAUUGUUCCUGAAGCCGAACCUCUCUACAGAACUUCACCCCGCGGUAGAAGGAGAUCACAUGACCCUGACCUGCAACACAAGUCUGAGACCGCACAGACCGAGGACGCAACUGGAGUCUGCCUUCUACAGAGAUGGAAAAGAGGUGAAGACAUUUAGUUCUCUUAAUCAGUAUGACGUCCAUUCCGCUCAGCUGGAGGAUUCUGGGAAAUAUUCCUGUGACGUGAGAACCCCGACCGGCUCUGUGAGGAAGAGGAGCGCAGAAUUAUAUAUCCAGAUAGAAGGUGAAUGUGUAACGGCGGGGACGCUGAGAUCCAAAGAUGGAUGGAAUGUUCAGGAAUUCGGUUCCUCCAAUCAAUAUGGAGUCCAGUCCGCUCUGCCGGGGGAUUCUGGGAAUUAUUCCUGUGAAGUGAGAACUCCAACCUACAGUGUGAACAGGAGAAGUCAGAAGAUAUCCGUCCAGAUCAAAGAUUAUCCAAGCAACACCACUACGGCCAUAGUCGCUGGUUUGGUCAGUACUACUCUCCUCAUCAUCCUUAUAUUAGGAAUUGUCCUCGUCAAGAAGAAAUUCACUUCUGAUGAGAAAAGGCAAACAACGGGCCAUCAAGAAGCAGGUGAUGACAUCAAGGCCACAUUCAAAAAUGAGAAGGAUCCCCAGCUGCUGCUGAGCCAUGGAUUGAAGAGAUCAGUAAAGCCGGAGGAUCAGCAUGGCAGCCAGGCCGGGCAGAAUAUUCAGGAGAAGGUCAGCGAUGGUGGCACCCAUCCAGUGCUCAUGUCCGGGUUUUCUGUAUUCUUCUUCCGUAGCAGAAGAACAUUCCGGGAUUUCCCCAUCUCGUCACCCAGAGGAGCCUCUGAACAAGCGGACGUGUUUUACACCGAAAUUCAGUUCACGCGGGAAGUUCCUGCCGCAAGCUCCGCCUCCGAUGAAGACUCGUGUUAUGUCAACUAUACCGCCAACCAAACAGCAUCUUUGCCCAAAGUUACUGAAAAC